AUGGCGGUUCUCUUCUGUGCUUCCAUGAUCUGCGGUAUUUCCCCAUUAUUCCUAUCGAAAUGGUUCCGAUGGAUUACACCUAACGAUGCCGGAAAUCUAAAAUCACAGAACAGAGUUGUGAUGACUUUACUUUCCUUUGGAGGGGGAGUGCUGCUGUCUACCACCUUCCUGCAUUUGUUACCUGAAGUAGAUCAUAACAUUGAAGAUUUGCAAUCAUCCGGCACGAUGCGAGAAUUUGAAUUUUCCUUGGGCUCUUUGCUGAUGAUUUGCGGUUUUUUCAUCAUGUAUCUCGUUGAAGAACUGGUCCACAUGUACAUUCACCGGAGAGAGAAAAGAAACGGUUUAAAGUCCCCGCUCGUCAGGAACCUUAGUGUGCGCAGGAGUGCAGGCUGUGGUAGUGCAAGCAAGGAAGGAGAUAAAAGUGUUACCAACUCUACCGCCGAUCUUAUUGAUCCAGCUUGCAUUAAAAAGGGCAAGGAUGUAGAAAUAAACCACAAUGACAACAGCCAUUCACAUGCGCAUCAUGGUCACAGCCACAUGCCUAUUAGCACCGCCGACGAUGUGACCUCAGCUUUACGUGGUCUGCUCAUAGUACUCGCUCUAUCUAUCCAUGAACUGUUUGAAGGUCUGGCUGUUGGCUUAGAAUCGAGCUCCUCGCAUGUUUGGUACAUGUUAGGAGCUGUAUCUGCCCACAAGUUAGUCAUCGCGUUCUGUAUUGGCGUAGAACUAAUCGCAACGCGUACAAAAACUUGGCUUGCUGUUAUUUACAUCACAACGUUUGCCAUUGUAUCGCCUAUAGGCAUUGGCAUUGGACUAAUCUUGGUCGGUGGACAAGGUGCCACGGCUGCUGGAGUAUACUCUGUAGUACUGCAAGGAUUAGCUUCUGGUACCCUACUCUACGUUAUAUUCUUUGAAAUAUGGAAGAGUGACAGGACCGGCAUCCUUCAAUACUUUGCUGCUCUUAUCGGUUUCGGACUGAUGUUUGGAUUGCAGCUAUUGACUGGCCAUUCUCACAGCCAUUCGCACGGCGGUAGUUCCACAAAUGAUGACCACGGACACAGUCACGACCGU